AUGAUGAAGAACACACAGGAAUUACGGGUGCUCCAUCUCCAAGGAUUCCAAGGCUAUUCUCCUCUCGAUGGCAACCAGACAGCAGCGGUCACGACCCACGCCAAGGACAGAUUUGUGCGGCUUGUCAUGUUGAGCUUCGUGGACGACGUCGCUGUCGACAAGAGCUCGUCCACUACUGCAUUUGCUGUGCCUCAACUGCCCAGUGUUCGCUACUACAUGGAGCUGUUCGGUAUGCGGAUGGCUGCCAAGUUCCCAACGGAGAUUUGCUCUGGCGUGUUGCUGCCCAUGCUUGGCGAUGCGAAUCUGAUGCCACAAGUGGGCGCUUCACUGUUACUUGUGUCGGCGUAUUUGGUGGACACCAAGCUGGACGACAACAGUCUUGACGUCGACUGUGGAGAACUGCUGGAGACCAUGUUGCCGUGGUUGAAUACGUCUCAUGGCUACACUCGAGUACUGGCUCAGUAUCUGCUGGCCAAGGUGCUUCCUCGCCACAUCCACUACUUGAAACAAAGCUCUAAAGACACUCCAGGUCUUCGCUUUCUGGAGGGCACGGCGCGUUAUCUGAGCAACAACAAGGAGUGCAAGCGAAUGCUACGACGUCAAGCUCGACAACUGGACGAGUUCCACCCGGACUACGAGAGUUCGUUGCUGGGGAUGCUCUCUUCUGGCUUCAUUAGCGAGUUCGGAGAGCUCUUACCUCGUGACGACGCUCUGCGCUGCAGUGAACAGCUCAAGACUGCCAUGAACGAGCUCUACGCGCAGUACCAGCUCGAGAACUUCCCUCCAACUCCUUCAGAGCAGAAGAGCAGCAUGGAGGCGGAUAGCGUAAGUGGAAUCCUCACUGUGCAGCGUAAAAUUGACACGACGGCGCUGCUGCUGGAGGACAGUGCGCUCCCUGCAGCGAUGCGUGCCGACUUUGACGCAGCACGACGUGGAGCGACGCUAAACGCCCGUCAACGACCUCGACAGCCUCUUAUCAUGUGUGCAAGCUUGGUGGACAAGGUCCCGAAUCUGGCUGGACUGGCACGGACUUGCGAGAUCUUCAACGCUCAGAAACUGGUCGUGCCGAGCCUGCGGAUGACGCAGCAGGACGUCACGUUCGUGAAUGUCAGCGCCACGGCUCACAAGUGGAUGCCACUGGAAGAAGUGCGACCUCAAGGUGACGAUUUACGACGAGCACUUGUGCGAUGGAAGCGCGAGGGCUACACGAUUGUGGCAGUGGAGCAAACGGCGUCCAGUGUGAGUCUCGCGAGCUACACGCUGCCCCGUAAGAUGGUGCUGGUGUUGGGGCGAGAGAAGGAAGGGAUCCCGGUCGAAGUGCUGCAGCUUGUCGACGUGUGUGUGGAAAUCCCCCAGUUUGGACUGGUACGCUCACUGAAUGUGCACGUGAGCGGGGCUCUGGUGCUGUGGGAGUACACGCAGCAGCAAUUAAUGUCUGGAGCGCUCGAGUCGACUCUCUAG